AUGGAUAAUAUGAACUACACCCAACCGGGGUUUGCUCCCGUCUACAACUAUCCCAACCCCAUACAUUACAUGAACAACCAAUACCGUGUGCAACACAACUUUAAUUAUCCGUAUAUGUACAGCUAUCAGUCUCCUCGCGCUCAUCUUCUCGAAAGGAAUGGAGCGGCUGACCCAAGGACGGAAUCCAAACCACGACUAUCCAAGGAGGAAGUAGAGAAGCUAGAAAAGGUGUUCCAGGAGAACCCGAAGCCAUCGAGUUCCGUAAAGGCUGCGUUGGCGGACAGCCUCGGUCUAGAGCGACCACGAAUCAAUAAUUGGUUUCAAAACCGCCGCGCAAAGGCCAAGCAGGACAAGAAGCAGUCCGAUUAUAACGAGCAGCUGAAGGCAGAGAAAGCCAGCGCCUCACCAUCCUCUCCAGAGGAGGGUGGAUCAAGCGGGUCAUCAGAGCCUGCAGGUGACGGUGUCCGCCGGCAUACGCAGCCUUCGUCUGCUACUUUCCCUGAUAUGAACUCGGCUUCGGAAGUAGCUAAUGGCGGCGCCGACGACGAGGUGCCUGACGACGACGAACCUGACUGUGAUGGCUCUGAUUCCCCUUUUGGACAUGAAGGAUCUGGCCACGUCGACGUUUCUGAAGACUGUCAACAACCGUACCACUUCGACAACACACCGAUUAUCCUUCAUGACCAGCACAGCUCGAACUUUUCUCACUCUGAUGUUGCGGGUUUUAAUCCCAUAAAUGCUGAGCAUCUCGACCAAGAUCAGUUGGCUGGUCUAACCAACAGCAUACCCUCGCCGAACGACCAAUUUACAGGGGAACAGACGAGUUGCCAGUACUCGAUGAUCGACGGAAACUUUUCGACACCUAUCUUUCGAUCGGAAUCAACUUUUAGCACAACCCAGCUAAACGGGACACCUUUGGAAACCCAUGGAAGUGGCAGCAUCAGUGAGGAGGGCACAAUGAUACAGCAAGGGAUACCGACUCCUACCGACUCUUUCAAGUCGCCACCUCCUCCGGCUAAUAUCGCCUCCCGACGAAACAUUCCGCGACCAGCGACGCUACAGACAAACACUGCUCACAGGAGCCGCUCAUACAAUUUCGGCGCAUACAGAAACACCUUAGAUGGGUCGAAGCGAGUAGGCCCCUCAAGUCCUGCCCCGGCAGCUGUUCGAAGGAUAUCCUCAACUGCCUGUAUGUCUGGAAGAAUUCAAAAACCGGGUUCGGGAUCACGAUCUCCUAUGUAUAGAUGCAACCCUGAAACCAUUCGCGGCUGCCAUGUUCACUCUCCAGCGGGAGCGGUGACUGCAACUUUCCCGGGAGCCGCCCCCCCUACUCCCAUGACACCUGCCGUCAUCGACUCUCAGGUUAUUCAGGACCCUACGAUGUCAUCGCAUUGCUCUGACGAUACUUCAUUCAUGCUUGCAAACGUAUACCAUGAAGCCAAGGCCGACGCCAACUUGAAAACACCUCCAAGCACUCCAGGGGUUCUGAACGCUUUCGGCCACUCUUUCAAUACCCAACCGUUCAACAACAAUUUUGAUUUCCAGUCUAUGGAUCAACCAAUUUUAACCCCUUACCAAACCGAGUUUCCCGACCUCACUGUACGAAACGUGCCAAGCUACGUCGAAACGAACGAGGUGAGCCCCACGACACCUCUAUAUCCAGUCAUGAUGGGGCUUCCAGAGCAAAAUUCCUACGUCCACAAUCCGAUGGGGAACACACAGUUUGACUGGGACGCCAAUGAGUCAGUCAACUCGUCAAGAUCCCCCCAAAACCAACAUAGGACUAAACAAAUUCAGUUCACACAGAACCUAACCCCCCUAGACUACCCACUUCAUCAGGACAAAUAG